AUGUUCGGUCAACCCGACGACACUGGCAAUGCCCCAGAGAAGGUAUGGCAUACCCCGCCAUCUGUGAUGCAGCAGCACUCACUGCUGGGAACUCAUUUCUCAAGCGGUACCCCGGCUCCCACUUUUGCUGGCCACGAAAAUGGACCGCCGAACGCUCCCAACCUAGCAGUAGCGGCUGAUCCCCGUUCGCACUCAUCCGAUGAUGUUGUCCCCCACGGCUACCGUUCUUCGCUCGGUGAUCAUCUUAAUGGAUCUUCGUCCCCUUCUGCCACUGGCGUCGGUUCUUUGUAUCGAGGUUUGAGCGCCCUAUCGAAG